GCUUGGCAAAGCAGCUACUCUCGUGCCUCGACUGUUUCCGCGCAGACGACAUCGGAGCACAAGUCCGGUCCCGCCCACCUAUCCCAGAGCGCCUUCCGGACGCGACCAUUGCCAUCCCGGCUGCGGCUCUGCUGUCCCUUCCCCGCCAAGUACGGGAUUGCAUUAUUGGCUCUUUGAUUAUUUCAUCCACCGUCGCUCGACGCCGAGCGGGCUAGACCAAUGUGCAGCAUCCAAAUGGAGCCGCCGCCGUCUCACUUCUUCGACUAUCUGGACCUGGACGACCCCAAUUCGCACCAAAGCCCAGGGCAAGAGGACAACAAUAGUGCCAUCUGCCUGAACCCGUUCAACCCGUACGGCAAGGACGUUCACGGCGCGCUGACACCGCCAGACUCGAGAGACAUGAUACCGAGGACGGACAUCUGGGAUUGUUUUCCCGAUCAGGCCGAGUCGCUGACGACCGAAGACCAGAAGCAACUCUUCGUCGACCCUGAACUGUAUAGUCCGGGAAGCAGCAACGACGAUAUGAAACCGCAGAUCCAAGUGGACACCACCGGGCUGCCCAAGCCGCCCACAAGACAGGGCUUGAGCGCCAAGUCCCCGUCUAAUCAGGCCUUCGUAGUCGGUAACACGCCGGCCCCGGUCACCCCGCCGGAGCAUGAGCCGCCCAAGAAGCGGAAAGUCAGGAAGACAAGAAAGGAGUCAAACGCUGCCGAGGAGACACAAAAAAGGAAUAAGUUUUUGGAACGAAACCGGGUAGCAGCGAGCAAGUGCAGAGAAAAGAAGAAGCAGUACGUUUCGGAACUGGAGGCCACGAAGAUGGAUCUCGAAUUGCGAAACGCACACUUGAAGGUCGAGGUAGACGGCCUGAUCGGAGAAAUCGGCGCGCUGAAGCAUCGCUUGAUGGCACACGCGAAGUGCAACGACCCAAACAUCGACCGCUGGCUCAACAACGAAGCAAGGAAGUUUGUCCAGACGGAGAGCGGGCCGUUUGGGCAACCGUUCAUGCCCUUCGGUCAGCCCCCCCAGCCAGAACUCCCGAUGGGCUCCCCACGCAGCCGAAAUGCUAGCAUCGCUAGCAUCACCAGCAUGGCCUCGUCGUACCCGUCUCUCCAAGGCCUGCAGUUCGACGGCCUGGCAUCGGGGGAGCGACAUGGGAGCAUCGCCUAUUCACAGGGUGAGUCGUGGCCUGGAGCACCUCCUCCCGGGACGGAACCUAAAGCUCUGAUGCCAGGCUCUGGCUCGCUUUAUCCGUCGCCAACCGAAGAAACGUUUCCGGGCUUCUCUCCCGCACUCAAAACGGAGCCGGACGUGAACUACACCCCCAUGCCGGACCCGAUGUUCAGCCCGGGCCAGUCGAACUUCGGCGGCGGGCCCUGAAUUCCUUUUGGGGUGGAGUGACAAGGAAAAGCCGUGCAGGUCUCGAUGAGGCAACCGGGCUUGAGGGCCUUGGCACUUGACCGCCUCGCGCUUCCGAGGGAGCGGGAUCGUGUGAAACGUGUCCGCAACGCGCUGUCUUCCCAUCACUAGCGCUGAACUCCGAACAACAUCGUCCUGGCAGGCCGGCGACGGAUAGCUCAUGGUUUGAAUACGACAGCGAAAGUAGCGAAGCAAACGGCGGGGCCCGUGGCGUCUCAUUAGCUGGCGUCGUGAGGUUGCAAUGGUGGAAAGGGCGUCCGUCCAGGCACCCGGCGG